CGGAAGUGACGAUUAGCAAUGAGUAAGUGAAUUUAGUGAAGGCUAAAGUGGAGGUGAUGUCGGGGUUUUGCUCCAAACUUCGACAAUGGCUCGUCUACAAGCAGCAAGACGUGGUCAAGGUUGGAUAAACCGGGGAUGUCGUUUUGCACAAUGAGUGAGGACAGCACACAAACUACAACCAGCACUGUGCUGCCAUCCCACUGUAAUUUGACUCCGCUACAGCCGUCAUGCUCCAGGGUUUGUCCUGGCGUCUCCCAGAGUCCGGUGCCAGAAAGGGAGGAGGGGCGGCCGGUCGCGAGCGAACCCCAGCUGUCGUUGGCUUUCGAGCACAGAGUCUUGUCCGUCCCAGCCGUCUUCUCGUCUGGCCCAGUCGCUCCAUGGGACUCCAGAGGUGGACCCCCGGCACAGCAGCACUGUCCUCCAUGGCCUGCCUCCACGUGGAGAGCCCCUCCAUCUGCAGGGGGAAGUUCAAAUCAGCCCUGCAGCUCUGCUUGCAGCACAGACGAAGUCGCCAGCAACAUGUGGAGCAAGGCAUCAUGCCCCCUCUGAAAACACCGGCUGCCUUCCAUGAGCGUAUUCACACCUUGGAGCGAGCCAGGAAAGGAAACCUUCUGAAACACAAACUGUGCAGCAGAGCCGCACGCUCCCAGCUGGCCCGCAUGCACAUCUUGCAAGAGACCGAGGCACAACCUUCCCUGCAGACUACCCAGAUGAAGCUGAAGAGGGCCCGACUGGCAGACGAGCUCGACGAGAAGAUAGAUGUCAGACCUGCUGGACCCAUGGAGCUGGUGGAGAAGAACAUCCUGCCUGUGGACGGGGAUGCUAAAGAAAUGCAUAAGGGUGAUGAUGUGGCGGCAAACAAGAGCGUGGAUGUGUACAGAUUCGAUGACGACAACACCGAUGCUUUAUCUACGUUGGAACCUCGUUGCUCAACACCUCUGAGCGCAGCGUCCAGUUCGACUGAGAGCACGUCCUCUUCUUCCAGCUCGAGCUCCUCCAUACAGCACUCCUCGCCGUCCGACGCCACCUCGCCCCGUGCCAGUGAGAAACCCGAGGUUCCGUCGCAGCCGAGCGUUGUUUUGCUGAUAAAGCAAAUCCCGCCAAAGACGCCGGCUGAAAAGAGCCGCGGCAAAAAGAGCCGCGAGGCCAAGCCGCGGAUACGCAAGCUGAAGUAUCAUCAGUACAUCCCCCCGGACCAGAAACAGGAGCUGCAGCCGAUGGCGGCGCGCAUGGACUCCGCUUACGGACGCAUCCUGCAGCAGCAGCAGCAGUUCUUGCAGCUGCAGAUCCUCAGACAGCAGCACUACUGCCAGCAGGGGGCGCCACCUGCCACGCACAAAUCCACGGCCGAAGUCCUGAGUGAAAACUGCAACCCUCAUCAGCUGCCGGCCAACGUGGACGAAAUGAAGGUUGCCGAGCUGAAAGUGGAGCUGAAACUCCGCUCGCUGCCUGUCUCCGGCACCAAGACGGACCUGAUAGAACGGCUGAAGGUCUAUCAUGAGAAUGCCGUUUCCAUGGAGACAAGCCCCCCUGGCAAGUUGACCCCGCCCGUGUCCCCCGUGGCCUCCAAAGUGUCCAGUCGGGGCCCGGAGGACGGUCCCGCAAAGUGCGCGGUCCGUCCUGGGGAGGAGCAGGUGUCCGGCGAGAAGGACCGGCGUCUCCACGAGAAGGAGCGGCAGAUCGAGGAGCUGAAGAGGAAGCUGGAGAAGGAGCAGCGGCUGGUGGAGGAGCUGAAGCUGCAGCUGGAGGUAGAAAAGAGGAGUCAGCAGGGAGAUUCCCCACCUCGCCUCAGCCCUCCCCCGCUUUUCCACCGCGCCAAGGAGGAACCUCUUUCGCUCUCCAGCUGCUCGGCCGCCGCCGAGGUGAAACAGGAGGAGGACGGCGAGCGCGGCUACUUAGCGCUGUCAUCAAACGGAGAUGGAGCGCUUCCUGUCUCCGUCCGGCGGCCUGGUAAUGGCAUCAAGAUGCGGAGCAGCGCGGCCUCGGUCCUGGUCCUCGCGUCUGGACCGGGGCCCGCGAAAAUAGACGACUCAGCGCCUCUGACGAAGUUUCCAGACUGCGGUCCACAGUCACCUCCUCUUCAUCAGCCUGCCUUCAUCCUGCCGCAGCUCAAAUGCAAGAAGCUCCGAGAGCCUCCUCGCUACGAAGACGCAGUGAAGCACACGCGCAUGGCAACAGCUGCACAGGGCGUCUCUGCGGCCAGCCAGCAGAUGGACGACCUGUUUGAUGUCCUGAUUGAAAGCGGCGAGAUAUCCCCCUUCAUUAAGCAGGAGCCUCCCAGCAUGGACAAGCGUCUUCCUGUCACCCCCAGCGUCACUCUCCUCCCUGUCAACACCGUCCUGUCACGCCCUCCUCCUCUGGUCCAAGUGGCACACAUGCCGCCCACGACCUUGGCCCCCGACCCCCGGUUAGACUCCCUCCUGAGUGCAGGUGUGGAGGAGCCGCUGAAGCUGAUAGAGGAGCUUCACUCUGAACUUCACGCCAUGGACUGGCUGGACCUGACCUUGUGCUCGCCCGCAGAGGGUGUGGACGCCGCAGCUGUGUCGGCAGCGCCCGAGGGCGUCUUCACCGCGGACUUCCUCACCGCCCAUGAACUGCUCUAGGUGACCCCUCAUAUAUUCUUGCUGGAAGGAAAGACACCAGGAAGUGAGGUGUGGGACUGCUUCAAGGUCGUAAAACCUGAUUUGUUGGCAAGGUCAGGUACUGAUUAGUUAUUAUUUAAGCCUAUUUUGUUUGUACAACAUCAACGUGGUUGCCAGCAGAAUGGGUGAUGCCCUCUGCUGGCCACAUCCCAAACUGCUCCCAUGAGUAGUCAGACAGUUGAGAACUAUUGACCACAUCCAGCAUAAUAUUUGAUGUAUAGUUUGUAAUAUACUCAUUCUGCUUUUCUUACCUUUUUUAUACAAACAUGUGCUUUUGUCAUUAAACUACACACAGCUUA